CAGUUAAUACGAUUUUACAAAACUGACCCUCCUAACCAUGUGGAAAUUGCUUUCCUGUCACAUGCUAAAAUUAGAUUUCAGGAUCCAAAGCCUUCUUUGCUGUCCGAAAUCAAAUCAGACACAUCAAAUUCCCUCACCGGAACUCUCUUUCGCUCUCCCUCGAAUAAGGCCAAGGAGCACGUUGCCGCCACCGCCGCCGCCGCCACGACCACCCUCAGCGCCUAAACUCAAGUUCCCAUUUUGAAAAGGUACGAUCUCGAUAAAAUCCGAUCCGAUCAGUUAAUCUCUGCUUAGAUCCACACAUUUGCAAAAACCAUGAACUCGAAUUACGGGAGGGGUUCAUCAGGUUCGCUAAAAACCUUCGAUUUUGAUCUCGGCCUCGGGUCAGGCCGACCCAAAUCCCUCAACGACCAAAAGAACAAAACCAUCUCUUCAUUUUCAUCUUAUUCAUCAACAGCAACAUCAGCUGCACAAUCGAAGCCCGCGUGGGAACUCAACAAGCCCUCAAGGACGCACCAACCCGCCUCAAAUCAGGUCAACCAAUCCGGGUUAUCUGGACCCACUUCCAUGGUGGGAGACAUCUUUGGGAAGGGCUGGGCCUCUUCGGGUCCUUCAGGGGGUAAUAGUUCUGGUGUUGGAAUUGUUAACAACAGCCCUAAUUUGUUUGGAGAUUUGGUUAGCUCUGCUUUGGGACAGGGUAAGAGUAAUAGUAAUUCUAAUGUUCCUUUGAAAAAUUCAAAUCCUACUUCUAAUUCUUCAAUUAGAAGCCCGUAUUCAAUGGGGAAUUUGGCUGAUUCAUUGCCAAAAAGUAGUGGAAAUUGGGGAACUUAUGGUGGAUAUAAUAAUACCAGUGGUCUUAGUAAUAUUAAUGUCAAUGUUAAUAAUAGUAAGAGUCAGAAUCUUGGGGGUCCUUCGAUGAAAAGUAUGGCUGGAGGAGCUGGUGGAGUUGGAAGUGGGAUUGGUUUGAAGAAGGACCCUUUCAGUUCUUUGGUUGAUUUUUCAUCGAAACCAUCAGGUAGUCUUAAUUCAGGAAGUAAUAAAGGAAAUAAGGCGAAUGUCACGGAUGAUGGAUUUGGAGAUUUUCAGAAUGCUUCAAUACCAACCACAACUACAUUUCCAUCUAGUGGUUUUGGUUCGAGUAAUAAUGAUUUUAUGGGGUCAAAUAUGGCUUCUGGUUUGAAUAUGGAUGAUUUUGGGAUGCCUGCAAAGAAUGUUGUAUCUCAAAGUCAGCCAUCUGUCCAAAGCUCGGGUGGUGAUCCUCUGGAUAUGUUUUUUUCAUCAUCUUCAGCAUCAGCUGGCGUUGCUACCCAAGCAUCUGGUGGAGGUGGAGGGCAGCAAUUUUCGGGAGUUGAUGAUUGGGGGUUGGACUCUGAGUUUGGAGGAGCAGGAGGAACUGAUGGAGGUGGUUCAACAACUGAGCUUGAAGGGCUUCCUCCUCCACCGGCUGGGGUCACAGCAUCUUCUGCUAAGAACAAGGGCAUCGACAAUCAGAAGCAAGGCCAGUAUGCUGAUGCCAUUAAGUGGCUAUCCUGGGCAGUGAUUCUUUUUGAGAAGACAGAUGAUAAGGCUGGCAUCAUGGAGGUUUUAUCAUGUAGGGCUUCUUGUUAUAAAGAGGUUGGGGAGUAUAAGAAGGCUGUAGCUGACUGUUCAAAGGUGCUAGAGCAUGAUGACACCAAUGUGUCUGUCCUUGUACAGCGGGCACUCUUGUAUGAAAGCAUGGAGAAAUACAAACUUGGGGCAGAAGAUCUGAGAACUGUUCUGAAGAUUGAUCCUGGUAACAGGAUUGCAAGAAGUACCGUCCAUCGCUUGGCUAAAAUGGCAAACUAGCAGGUUUUAAGAUUCUUUUGCUUGAAUUAGCUUCUUCAUUUAGGUCUACACCUUUUCCCCUCUUACCAUGAAGAGAAUUAUGGGGAAGAAUAACUUUUUUCCUAGAUACACAGUCUUUCAAUAUAUGGGACAUUGCAGAGGGUUUUACAUGUUUGAUCUGGUUGAUUAUUAUUUCUUGUUUUGAUUGUGAUUGGAAAUGGUUCUUCUUUGAUACUUAGCUUUUGGAAUUUGCAAUCGAAUAUCAGCAUGUAUGUUUUCGUGUAUUACUGUAUACUUUUUAGAACAAUAUUCUAUGGUUGAUUAUCAGACUUGAGCUCAGCAUGUUCUUGGAAUUAUGAGACGAUGCGGCAAGCACAAUUCAUUGUUGUUUCAGGUGAAAGCACGAUACAAUCCUCUGCUCUCAACAAGUUUGCACUUAUUAUCUGUUUAUAUUAGCUGCUUUAGAUCAAUUGUGGUAUUGUAUUGGAUGAAAUGACCAUUUGGUAUAGCCACUGAUGCUAUAGCAAUUUGUUGUCCUCCCAUGGAUGAAGUUUGACCAUCUAUUUCAAAACCUGUGAAAUUGAACCCGAGGUCCCUAAGUGAAAACAAACAGACUGACCUGGACAAUUGCCUACAUGGAUGGUUUAUGAUUUGCAUAUAGAUGUACUUGACUAUCGAAUGAAUGAAGAAAUUAAGAAUCAGCAAACCAUUGGAAGACACUUUUGGUGGCAAGCCGGUAAGAAAGUGAAGAAGCAUUCAAUUUUAAACUCUCCUGAUGAUAAGGCCUAACAGAAUUUGAUGGGCUCAUGGGCUUUUAGAAUGGUUCGUUACUUUGUAGCCGUGUGGCUUGUAGGGUUACUAGGACUAUCUUAAGGGAAUAUUGUUGCAGAGGUACAAUGCAUUUGUUAUUCUAUCCUAAUGA